GCGGUAAGCGCUCCGCGCUACCGGCUGCUGCUCCCGCCGCUCCCGCUCUCCCGCCGCUGCUCUCUGCGGCUACCGCGCGCCUCGCCCCGGUCGGCCCAGCGCGCUCCUCGGACGCCGAGAUGAAGGUGCUGGGACACAGGCUCCAACUGCUGACAGGGCUUCUGCUCCACGACGUGACCAUGGCCGGGCUGCAGGAGCUGAGAUUCCCUGAGGAGAAGCCCCUGCUCCGAGGCCAGGAUGUGACAGAGCUGGAGAACCCUGACACCUUCCUCUCAGUUGUGGACACAGACUGGAAGGAACAUGACAUCGAGACGCCUUACGGCCUUCUGCACGUGGUGAUCCGGGGCUCUCCUAAAGGGAACCGCCCAGCCAUCCUCACCUACCAUGACGUGGGCCUCAAUCACAAGCUGUGCUUCAACACCUUCUUCAACUUCGAGGACAUGCAGGAGAUCACCAAACACUUUGUGGUGUGCCAUGUGGAUGCCCCUGGGCAGCAGAUGGGGGCGUCACAGUUCCCUCAGGGGUACCAGUUCCCCUCCAUGGAGCAGCUGGCUGCCAUGCUCCCCAGUGUGGUACAGCACUUCGGGUUCAAAUACGUGAUCGGCAUUGGUGUGGGAGCCGGAGCCUAUGUGCUGGCCAAGUUUGCGCUCAUUUUCCCCGAUUUGGUGGAGGGGCUGGUGCUGAUGAACAUUGACCCCAACGGCAAAGGCUGGAUUGACUGGGCCGCCACCAAGCUCUCUGGCUUGACCAGCACUUUACCGGAUACGGUGCUGUCCCAUCUCUUCAGCCAGGAGGAGCUGGUGAACAACACCGGGCUGGUGCAGAGCUACCGGCAGCAGAUCUCAAACGUGGUGAACCAGGCCAACCUGCAGCUCUUCUGGAACAUGUACAACAGCCGCAGAGACCUGGACAUUAACCGGCCUGGGACCGUGCCCAAUGCCAAGACGCUCCGUUGCCCUGUGAUGCUGGUAGUCGGAGACAACGCACCUGCUGAGGACGGCGUGGUUGAGUGCAACUCCAAACUGGACCCAACCACCACAACCUUCCUGAAGAUGGCAGAUUCUGGUGGCCUUCCUCAGGUGACACAGCCAGGAAAGCUGACUGAGGCCUUCAAAUACUUCCUGCAAGGCAUGGGCUACAUUGCACACUUGAAGGACCGAAGGCUGAGUGGAGGAGCAGUGCCCUCGGCCAGCAUGACCCGCCUCGCGCGCUCACGCACGGCGUCUCUCACCAGCGCCAGCUCUGUGGACGGCAGCCGUCCGCAGCCCUGCGCCCACUCAGAGAGCAGUGAGGGCAUGGGCCAGGUCAACCACACCAUGGAGGUAUCCUGCUGAAGCCCUUGUCCUGCCCAAGACGCCUGCUUACCUGCCCCCAGGUCCCACUGCCAGCUCUGCACCGGCUCGUCUUCAUUUAGUUUAUUUUUGUGAGAGCGAAGGGGAGGGAAUGGGGUUACUUCCCUUUUAUUUAAAAAACGAGGGGAUCCACCUUAAGACAGUGCAGCGGAACAGUCUUAGAUGGUGUACGGGCUCGCCUUACCUACUCCCAUCUCACUCAACAUGGUCACUGGCUAAUAUGGUUCCUCUGAUCAGCUUGCCAUGGCCUCGGGGUGGGGCCCGAAUACAGGAUACAGUAUUGAAGAAAGAAUAUGGCCCACAGCAUGGGGUUUGAAGAUGGGGGGUGCUGAGCUUAGACUCUGAUGUGAGUGGGGGUCAGACCAAUGGGGAGCCCUGGACCCCAGAGGGUCCCUUUCCUAUAAAUAACCCUUGCACCAAGCACACCUAUUCGGAUAGUGCAGGUAACAGUCAUGAGGAUGGAUGUCACAAGAGGGCGCUCUAAGCAGACGGCCACUUUCCUGGUGCUCUCUGGGCAGGGCAGGUGCUGUAAAGCUAGCCAGGCAAAACUAUGGAGACAGACUAUGGAGAACCCUGAGGUCAAGAACCCCCAUACUCUGCAACCCCAGAGCCAGUAUAGUAUGCCCCACCCUGAAGCAAAGGUCACCUUGUCUCCUGCCCCUGGUGGCAGAGGGCAAAGGUCAAGAUUGCACUGUGCACUGUGUAUGUAACCCUGCGAAUUUCAUGAUGAUCCCUUUGGGAGUUGGAAGGCACUUGAGUCCCUCUUGUCCCAGAUUCCACCAAGAGUGUUUGUGGCAGUGCCCUGGUCAACUUGGGCCGCUGUGUCACAGACAUCACUGAAGUGAGCUCGUUAGAGAAAGACGGUCCAAGACAGAAAGAUACCACGCCCUCUGCCUGAUGGAGGGGCUGGAGCUUGCUUGGUCCUGGGGUGGGAGAUGGGUGGGUCCUUGAGGUGACCAAAGGCACCCUAGCCUCCUAGAGCCCACAACUAUGCUGUCUUCCUGUCCAGCAUCUUACCAGGUAGACUCAAAGCCCAGAAACCAGAACUAUUGUUUCAGCCUGGUCACUGGUUUCAUCCCCUGUCACCCCAAAUGGGAGAGAAAGUACCAAAAGAAGAAAGAGCUGUGUGUGUGUGUGUGUGUGUGUGUGUGUGUGUAGGGGGAGGUGUUGCCGUGUGGGUGCUCUGAGCUAAGGACACCUACAUCCAUGUAUGUGUGGCACAUGCCACCCUCUUCUGUAACAGUAAGCCAUUUCUAGACUGCUCUCAAGUCCGGUGGAGCGUAUGCUAUGCCCAGUUCUGUUCACUCGUGCUUCCGUGAAUACUGAAUACUGUUUAAAGCUGGUAGAAUUAAUCCCUUACUGUAGAUAGCACUUCCAGUAUUGGACAUCUUUUUGCUGUGUUCUUAAGAUAUCUAUAAAUACCUAUACAUUAUAUAUAAAUACAUGUGUAUAUCAGAUCCUCCUGUGUGUUUUCCCAAUCGGUGGUUGUCAAGAUGAACUUUUAAUGGAGUUCAUUACUUUACUCUCUGUACAAAGAGCCUAAUUUUGUGUAUUCUGGUGGCUGAUAAGAGAUUUUGAGAUGACAAAAUGUAAAACAAAAAUCCUUGUUGAUACAGAAACUGUGCAGAAAAACUAAUAAAGAAAUGAAGCAUA